CUGAGUGCAGAGAAUCACGUUUAUAACUGACCUUAAGCUAGCACGAUGGUUUUCAUUAGUUUUAUUGUGUUGAAUCUCAUAUUAGCGUUACUUUAUAUAACGUAUUGUAAAUUAACAUACGGUAUAAAUAAAUGCAGCAGGCAUUUGGUCGGCAAAGUGGUGAUAGUGACCGGAAGCAACAACGGUAUAGGAUACGAGACAGCAAAAGACUUAGCGGAGCGUGGAGCCCGGGUAAUACUCGCUUGCAGGAACAAUCUACGCGGUACCAAGGCCAGAGACCAGAUCAUUGCAGAAUCAGGGAACCACGAUGUGCAUUAUCGUCAGUUGGAUUUAGCGUCAUUUCAUUCUGUCAGAAGAUUCGCUGAAGAAUUCAUUAAAACCGAAAAGCGUUUAGACAUUCUUAUCAACAAUGCUGGAGUACUCGACGUGGACAAUGUAAAGACGGAAAACGGCUUGUUUGUCGGUAUGCAAGCAAAUCACUUCGGGCCUUUUCUGCUCACGAAUCUUCUUCUUCCGCUAAUUAAAUCGUCAGCUCCGAGUCGCAUCAUCAACGUUACGUCCAUAGCCUACUCAAAAGGAAUUAUUGAUUUUAACAAUUUAAAUUUGGAAAAAGAAACCCCGCAGUCAUACAGUAAAAUACAAGCAUAUAAAAACAGCAAGCUGUGCAAUGUUCUAAUGACCACUGAGUUGGCGAGACUGCUUGAAGGUACUGGAGUGACUGCUAAUUGCUUACAUCCCGGCUUUGUAAAUACUAAUAUUUUAAAUUUUGAUAAACUGCCAUUUUCGAAGUACUGGCUUCCUAUCACAAGUUGCUUUGUUAAGACCCCUUGGGAAGGGGCUCAGACUUCAAUAUACCUGGCGGUGUCUCCUGAGGUAGAAAACGUAACCGGCUGUUAUUUCGCCGAUUGUCAGGUUAAAAUUUUAACCGAAACGGGGCGUAAUACUGAACUGGCUCGCAGUCUCUGGGAAGAGUCUGAAAAAAUUAUUGCAAAGAAAUGA